GCUCUUUGGUCUUCCCGUUCACCCUCCUCUUUCCCUCCGCCUCUCCUGAUCUUUCUCUUUCCCCAAUAUCCCAUUUUCUUUCCUUUUCUCUUGUUUGAUUUGUUUUACCCUAGGUCUUGCCAGUCUGACUGGGUGAAAUCCUUCUACCUUAACUUUCAUCUCCUCUUCACCCAUUACGCCAGCUCUCGCCAGAAUGCCUCUGGAAGCUCGUGUGAAAUCUGUCCUAUCCGGCGACACGGUGGUGCUGUCGCAUAUCACCAAUCCCGGCCAGGAACGCGUCCUUAGUUUGGCAUAUGUCUCAGCGCCCAGGCUGCGCAGAGAAGGCGAUGAGCCAUACGCUUUCCAGUCCCGCGAAUUCCUCCGUGAACUCCUCGUCGGCAAAGUAGUGCAAUUCCAAGUCCUGUACACCAUCCCCACCGGCGCCAAGCGUGACUACGGCACAAUCCAACUCCCCACCUUCGAGGUCUCUGUGCCGGAUAUCAGCGUGCAAGAGGGAUGGACUCGUGUUCGUGAAGAGGCUGGUAAGCGCAGCGAUGAGUCCGAGGAAACCCUCGCCUACCUCGAGCGGCUGCGUGCUUUGGAAGACCACGCCAGGUCGGAAGGCAAGGGAACCUGGGCUGGCUCGGACAAGGGUCACACUGAAACCAGCUAUGAGCUGUCAGACGCCAAGUCCCUGGUUGACGAAUGGAAGGACAAGCAUCUCGAGGGUAUUGUCGAGAGAGUUCUGAACGGUGAUCGCUUGGUCCUUCGCUUGCUGCUUUCGUCAGAGGAACAUCUGCAGGUCGUCGCUGCCAUGGCUGGUGUCCGGGCGCCUGCGGCCAAGCGGGUGACUGCUGACGGCAAGGAGCAGGCAGCCGAGCCGUACGGAGACGAGGCGUUCCAGUUUGUGGAAUCCCGUAUUCUGCAGCGCAAGGUUCAGGUGUCUCUGCUUGGUGUCACCCCCCAGGGUCAACUGAUCGCCAGUGUCCUCCAUCCCAACGGAAAUGUUGCCAAGUUCUUGCUCGAGGCUGGUUUGGCCCGCUGCCAUGAUCACCACUCAGCCCUCCUGGGUACUGAGAUGGCUGCUUUCCGCCGCGCCGAGAAAGCUGCCAAGGAUGCCAGAGUCGGCUUAUUUACCGGUCUCGUCGCGUCCAAGGGUCCUGCAGGCGGGGCCGCUGAGGACUACACCGUCAGCCGUGUGUUGAAUGCCGACACUCUGUUCAUCAGGAACAAGGCUGGUCAGGAGAAGAAGAUCAGCUUGAGCAGUGUUAGACAGCCAAAGCCUUCCGAUCCCAAGCAGGCGCCCUUCGCUGCCGAUGCUAAGGAGUUCGUUCGCAAGAGGCUCAUCGGCAAGCACGUUAAGGUUACUGUCAACGGCAAGAAGCCUGCAACAGAGGGUUAUGAGGAGCGAGACGUCGCCACCGUUGUACAAGGAAACACCAAUAUUGCUCUUGCGCUGGUCGAGGCGGGUUACGCUUCCGUGAUCCGUCACCGCCAGGACGAUGACGACCGUUCGCCGGAAUACGACAGCCUGAUGCUCGCUGAGGCUGAGGCUCAGUCCGAGGGCAAGGGCAUGUGGUCGCCCAAGCCACCCAAGGCCAAGCAGUAUCAAGAUUACUCCGAGAGCCUCCAGAAGGCCAAGAUGGAAGUCUCGAUCCUUCAAAGGCAGAAGCGGGUGCCGGCCAUUGUCGAUUUCGUCAAGUCCGGUUCGCGCUUCACUGUGCUUGUGCCUCGCGAGAACGCCAAGCUCACCCUCGUUCUGUCCGGUAUCCGUGCUCCGCGCUCUCCUCGUAACCCCAACGAAGCCGGUGAGCCCUUCGGUCAGGAGGCACAUGACCUGGCUAACAGACGCUGCUUGCAGCGUGACGUUGAGAUCGACGUCGAGACCAUCGACAAGGUCGGUGGGUUCAUUGGUACCCUGUAUGUGAACAAGGAGAACUUCACCAAGAUUCUGCUCGAGGAGGGUUUCGCUACUGUUCACGCUUACUCCGCUGAGCAGUCCGGUCACGCCACCGAAUAUCUCGCUGCGGAGCAGAGGGCUAAGGAAGCUCGCAAGGGACUCUGGCACGACUGGGAUCCUAGCAAGGAUGUUGAGGAGGAGGAAGAGGCGGUCAACAGCAGCAACGGUGCUGAAGUUGAGGAUGUUCAGCGCCGUAAGGAUUACCGCGAUGUGAUGGUCACUUACGUCGACCCGACCAACGGUCGCCUCAAGAUUCAGCAGAUUGGCACCGGUACUUCGGCCCUCACCGAGUUGAUGAGUGCCUUCCGCUCUUUCCACAUUAACAAGGCCAACGAUACUCCCCUGCCUGGACCUCCCAAGGCCGGCGACUUCGUGGCGGCCAAGUUCAGCGAAGAUGGGGAAUGGUACCGUGCUAAGGUUCGUCGCAACGACCGUGAGAAGCAGCAGGCGGAGGUCUUGUAUAUCGACUUCGGUAACUCCGAGGUUCUUCCCUGGUCUCGUCUGCGACCCCUGAGCCAGCCUCAGUUCUCUGUUCAGAAACUUCGCCCUCAGGCUGCUGAUGCGGUCCUCUCUCUGGUUCAGCUCCCCGGCUCCGAGGACUACCUGCAGGAUACCGUGAGCUUCAUCGAGGAGCAAGUUUACAACCGUGAGCUUGUGGCCAACGUGGACUACGUCUCUCCCGAAGGCACCUUGCAUGUGACCCUUCUGGACCCCACCGAGUCGAAGAAUCUGGACCACAGCAUCAACGCGGACAUUGUUCGGGAGGGUCUGGCAAUGGUCCCGCGGAAGUUGAAGGCUUGGGAGCGCGCUGCUGCUGAUACCUUGGCUCACCUUCGUGUGAUGGAGGAUGAAGCCAAGCAGGAGCGACGCGGUAUGUGGGAGUACGGUGACCUGACUGAGGACUAAGCUCGCGGGACUCUUCUUUAUUUGGAUUGACUGUACAAAUAUUGCGCAGCUGGUGCUUCUUUUACGUUUGAUUCCCACGGGCGAGGAACUGUAAGGUCCUGAUCGGGCUGUCUAAUUCGCCCGAAAACUAUUUUGAUGUGACCUACUAGGCUAGUCUAGGAUACUCCCUCACUUUUUUUUAACUCUGGUUGAAGGAUACCAAUAAGGAGAAAUCAAAACUGAUG